AUGCCAGGUCUGUCAUUAUAUUUUCUGGGUCUGUACCAGUCUGCACUUCCUUUCUUCCUCUUAAAGUCAGAGUUUGGGCACGAAUCGAUGGCUAUCAGCUUUAGGACUGCCCGAAGGUUCUCGAUGGGAUUGAUUGGGAUGCUUUCUCUCAUAUGCCUUGCGCUCUCCCUCUUUCUCUGGGGAGCCGGCUACUCCAAGUCGAAGAACAUCGGUGCUGUGAUCGUCAUCCCGACAGGCGCAUUCAUCGGCUCGAUAUGGACAAUAUUCACCAAGGUGGUACAUAAACCGCAGCUCGUUUCAGUAGAAGCCACAUGGACGUUUGCCUUGUUACCUUUCGAAAUAUUACUAGGUAUCUUCUCCGUCAAUCUCAAUGUCGCAAAUGUGCCUACUGCGCAUACCGCCUACUUGUGCCUCGCAACACUUAUAUGGCUCAACGCAGCUCUGGUUGUCAUAUACGUGACAACCAUCAUUCUCCUCGCCCUUCUUACUCAGGUUUUGCAUGAUCAGGAUGUUUGGUCUCGUGACAUUGAUUCGAGUCCGUCUCCGUUCCCACUGCAUAUCAUCGUUUCAUACGCCUUUUCGUCUCUAACUCGACCCUUUUCCUUGGUUACCCGUCAAAACCGACCGACAUCCCCUGUAUCAAAGGAACACUGUCUUCCUGGCUGUACUUGCUCCCGUAAACUUCCGAACUCCUCAUCUCUUGCAGACUGGCGGACUCUCGGACCAACCUUGGAGAAUACUACCAGCGAUGUAUCAAGUAGUCCGCACUCCCUCAUCAACAUUCGUGUCCCGACAGCGAUGGAAAGACCAAAACCAAUUGCCGUCACACUUCGGUCACGAUAA